CCCGGUCCGGGGCCGGGUCCGGGUCCGGGGCCGGGCGGCUUCCCCCGGCCUGGGAGCCCGCCCGGGGACCCUCCUCGGGCGGCGGGACCAGCGCCAGCGGGGGCGGAGGAGGAGGGGGAGGACGAGGAGGAGGAGGCCAUGGCGGAGGAGGAGGAGGAGGCCGAGGCGGGGGCCUCCUCACCCCCGCCCCCAACCCGGGGGCGACGGACGCCAGCGCCACCGCAGAUUCCUACUUUGGAGACAAGAGUUCUUUUGCCGAAAACAUUAGUGGAUUGAAUUUCAAUUCUGUGACAAGUUCGUCUUCUGUAAUGGAUAUCAAUUAUCCGCGACCAGGAAAAACACCAUUAGCAGUCAGGGGUCAUGUCAGAUCAGGCUGCAGAAGCUGGACCCCUCAGGUGGGAAAUUCAGUUACAUCCUCAUCUGUGGUCUCAGUUCACUCUGCAUCAGUUAUCGUAGCUGUUGUGGAAGGAAGAGGACUGGCCAGAGGUGAAAUAGGAAUGGCAAGUAUUGAUUUAAGAAACCCUCAAGUUGUAUUGUCCCAAUUUGCAGACAACACAACAUAUGUCAAAGUUGUCACUAAACUCAAAAUUUUAGCACCUUUGGAAAUAAUAAUGUCAAAUACUGCUUGUGAUAUGGGAAAUGCAACCAAGUUGUUCAGUGUAAUUACAAAGAACUUUAAGAAUGUGACUUUUACUACUGUCCAAAGGAAAUACUUUAAUGAAACAAAAGGACUAGAAUACAUCGAACAACUCUGUACUGCAGAGUUCAGCACGGUCCUAAUGGAAGUUCAGUCCAAAUACUAUUGCCUAGCAGCUGUUGCAGCUUUGUUAAAAUAUGUUGAAUUUAUUCAAAAUUCAGUUUACGCUCCAAAGUCGCUAAAGGUUUGUUUUCAGGGCAGUGAGAAGACCGCCAUGAUAGACUCAUCGUCUGCCCAAAACCUUGAAUUAGUAGUUAACAAUCAGGACUGCAGGAACAGUCACACUCUCUUUGGGGUGCUAAAUUAUACAAAAACCCCUGGAGGAAGUCGAAGACUCCGUUCUAAUAUUCUAGAGCCGCUGGUUGAUGUUGAAACAAUUAAUAUGAGAUUAGAUUGUGUUCAGGAACUUCUGCAGGAUGAGGAACUCUUUUUUGGUCUUCAGUCAGUGAUCUCAAGAUUUCUGGAUACAGAACAACUUCUUUCAGUUUUAGUACAAAUUCCAAAGCAAGACACAAUUAAAGUGGCUGAAUCAAAGAUAACUAAUUUAAUUUACCUAAAGCAUACCCUGGAGCUUGUGGAUCCUCUGAAGGCUGCUUUGAAGAAUUGUAACACCCCUCUGUUAAAGGCCUACUUUAGUUCUCUGGAAGAUAAUAGGUUUGGAAUCAUUCUUGAAAAGGUUAAAAUUGUUAUUAAUGAUGAUGCAAGAUAUCUGAAAGGAUGCUUGAACAUGAGGACUCAAAAAUGCUAUGCAGUGAGAUCAAAUAUCAAUGAAUUUCUCGAUAUAGCUCGAAGGACAUACACAGAGAUUGUGGAUGACAUAGCAGGAAUGAUAACACAGCUGGCAGAAAAGUACGGUCUGCCUUUAAAGACAAGUUUCAGCUCUGCUAGAGGAUUUUUCAUCCAGAUGAAUAUAAAUUGUUCAGCAUUACCCAAUGGUCAACUUCCUUCAGAAUUUAUAAAGGUUACUAAAAUUAAAAAUGCAUACAGUUUUACAUCAGCAGACUUAAUUAAAAUGAACGAAAGAUGCCAAGAGUCUCUGAGAGAAAUUUACCACAUGACUUACAUGAUAGUGUGCAAACUGCUUAGUGAAAUUUACGACCACAUUCAUUGUCUGUACAAAUUGUCUGACACUGUGUCAAUGCUGGAUAUGCUGCUGUCAUUUGCACACGCCUGCACUCUUUCUGACUAUGUUCGGCCGGAAUUCACCAAUACUUUGGGUGUCAAACAGGGAUGGCACCCCAUUCUUGAGAAGAUAUCGAUGGAAAAACCUGUUGCUAACGAUACAUAUAUUUUGGAGGGGAGCAAUUUUGUUAUCAUUACUGGACCAAAUAUGAGUGGCAAAUCAACUUACCUAAAGCAGAUUGCUCUCUGUCAGAUUAUGGCCCAAAUUGGGUCUUACGUCCCCGCCGAAUAUUCUUCUUUUAGAAUUGCUGAGCAAAUUUUCACUAGAAUCAGCAUGGAUGAUGAUAUAGAAACAAAUUCAUCAACAUUUAUGAAAGAAAUGAAAGAGGUAGCAUAUAUCCUACAAAAUGCUAAUGACAAGUCACUCAUAUUAAUUGAUGAACUUGGCAGAGGUACUAAUACAGAGGAGGGAAUUGGCAUAUCUUAUGCAGUCUGUGAAUAUCUGCUGAGUUUAAAGGCUUUUACACUAUUUGCAACUCAUUUCCUGGAACUAUGUCAUAUAGACGCCAUAUACCCCAAUGUGGAAAAUAUUCAUUUUGAAGUGCAACAUUUGAAAAACAGCACGAGAAACAAGGAGUCAAUCACUUACACCUACAAACUUUCGAAAGGACACACAGAAGAAAAACACUAUGGUUUAAAAGCUGCUGAGGCAUCAUCACUCCCACCUUCAAUAAUUUCAGAUGCAAAGGAGAUCACAACUCUUAUUGCGAGACACAUUUUGCAAAACCAAAGGAGCACACCCGAGACACUAAGACAGAGGGCUGUAUACCACUUGGCCACGAGGCUAGUCCAGUCUGCUAGAAGCUCUCGAUUGGAUCCAGAUAGUUUGCGGGUGUACUUGAGAGGCCUCAAGAAGAAGUUUGAAACCGAUUUUCCUGUAGCUGAACAAGAAAAGACUGAAAAUUGACAAUAAUUCACUGUGAACAGGUGAAGUCAUUGAUGCCGAUGAUGAUGAUCGAGUCUCCCAAAUGGAUUGUUCUUUUAUUGAAUGGUUGACCUCGAAGACUGUUAGAGGAGUUUUGUGACCCAACAAAAACAAAUCCUUUAGCACGUCGCUCCAUUCGAAGGUCAGCAGGAACUUCUGUGUGCUCAACAAAUUGUAAAAUUAUUUAGGCGCUCUUCUUAGGGAUUGUUGACCUUACAGAUUAAAUUAUUUCCAAGA